AAACAGCGAGUGACCGAAUCUGGACCAUAUCAGAAAAGAAGCGAUUACAAUCGCUCGUUGUUACAUAGUGAGGGAUUAGCAAGACGAUCUCAAUCUGCUACGGCCUGAUACGAAUCCUCUUGCAGCAAUGGCUUCUCUUGCUGAACAGCUCCUCAAGCGAAAUGAAGCUUAUAUUGAGCACCGCCAUAGACCGAUCCCAUUGUUUACCGAUCUUGGCUUCACGCCGAAGAAAAUGAUUUUCUCCUGCAUUGAUGCCCGUAUCAAGCCUGCAGAGCUUCUAGGGCUCACGGAUGCAGAUGAGGCUGUUAUCGUACGAACCGCUUCAGGAACUCCAGCAAGGAACUUGAUAGACAUUGCGGCUAUCGACAAUUUAACUACGCUCACAGAACUUAUUGUGAUCAAACAUACCGAUUGUGGCGCAACCUAUAUGACGGAUGAUCAAAUCCGAGCACAUAUUAGGACACACAACGCAGACGUCGACGGUCAAGUGUUGAAAGAUUAUUCUGUGGGAACUACGCAUGACAUCGUCGAAAGAACUCGCCAGGACGUUGAAAUCAUCAAAAACUCUCCUAUUAUACGAAAGGAAUUACGAGACACUGUUUCUGGUCUAGUAUUUGAUAUUACAACCGGGAAACUCACCCGAAUCGUUUAGAUUGGCUAUAAUAGAUAAUCCUGGUGGCUGGUGUCACACGGACAGUCCUAUGAGACCUAAAGACCCGAAGAUAACCGACGCUACCCCUGGAGGAAAGUGAGGCUAUAAGCGAUUGGAUAAGAACAAUCUGUUAGCUGCAAGAAGACCAACAGUUAAGGUAUGAAUGCCCAACAGACAGAAGGGAGUCACAGAUUGUAUGAGGCCUGAAUGAGCAUAAAUAGCUAAGGAAUCUCCCACUCCAGGAGAGAGAGAGAGAUCAAGGCCCUAGAGACCCCUAG